AUGGAAGGCACUCACUGCACCCUCCAAUUGCGUAAGCCCAUUACCGAAUUCUGCUACAUCAGCUUCUAUCUUCCAAAGGGGGAUGUCAGAGGAUUUUCAUACAAGGGCACAGUAGCUCUAGACAAAUCCAGUAAAGGUUUUCAUAUCUGCUACCAAGUCAGGGAGGGGUCAGACAUCAUCAGCCUCAGCCAGCAGCCGAAUGAGCAUCCAGGAGACAUAUUUUUCAAGCAGACUCCCACUAAAGACAUUCUAACUGAGCUAUACAAACUCACAGCAGAGAGGGAGCGACUGCUGGCCAAUCUGCUGAGCUCAGACCACAUCCUAGGUGUUGCGAUGGGGAACCAGGAGGGGAAACUGCCGGAGCUGUCCAUGAGCCUGGCUCUGGAGGACAACUAUUUCCAGAGUGAAGAUCGCUGGCAGGGGAAGCCCCCUGUGGGCUCUCUCAAUAAGAAGAGUGUUCACAGGAACAAAAAGCCUCAGAGGUUUGGCAGGAGAAGGGACAGCUUUGAGGCACUCCUGCAGAAAAGGACCAGAAGAAAAGAGCGUGGGGACCAGGAAUCAUCUCUUCAUAUGGGGAAGGCCCAGGUGUCUUCCAGCAAGUCCCUUCCUCCUUCUCAAGCAAGGCCUAAUCUUGGGCUCCUAGAAGAAAGAGGGAACUUGCCUCCAAAUGGGGCACUUAGCACAUGUCUGCCAAGGAGGGAGAGUUGCCCCUUGGAGAUUCCUAGGAGCCUGGAUGCAGACCCUGGCUUCGGGAGCUUUGGGACAGCUUCUGAGGGUACUGGGCUUGGAAGAGCAGUGUUGCCUCCUGACUGCCGCUCCACAGAGGCAGGAAGUGAUGGUGUUCAGGGGCCACAGAGGAGGACUCACAGGCUGGAGCAUCAGCAAACAUGUUUGUCUGAAAGUCAUGAGGACCCUGAGAAGCAUCCCUCCAGGAGGGGGCGGAGGGAGAGGUCUGGUGAGCAGACUUGCAGGAAGAAACAUGUUUCCAAAGUGGUGGCUAAAGUCCAGGACCUGUCCACUCACGUGCAGAGAGUAGUUAAAACCCAUCCUGAGGGUGAGGAAAAGAUGGCCAGUUGCCCAGCAGACCCAGCUGAGUGUAUUUCCGUAGCAGACUUGCUCACCCUCCCGGGAACCGAGGCUGGGGCUCAGCACUCCAGGUGGCAGGGCAAGGUGCAGCAAGAGGACAGGGCAUUGCGGUCAUCAGCCAGAGAAAGAACCUUUGUUUCUAGUGUGCCCACCAGUGCUGAGGGGGCUGUAAACAAGAUCCUCCUGAAGGUGAUAGAGAGCGAGAAGGUAGAUGAAGCCACAGAGGGGAAAAGGCUGGGCUUCCCCCGCAGCACGAGAGCUCCCCCCACCCUCCCAGAAAGAAGAGGCAAGAGGAAAGCUGGGCUGCCUCCAAGUGGUCACAAAACCUUGUUUCUGGAUCUGCCAAACAGUGCAGGCCCAGAUGCAUCACAACCCCGAGGUGAUGAAAAGAAGCUGUUUCCCCCAGCACUGGCAGCUGUCGACAUGGUAUUUAAUAAUUCAUCCUCCCAGCCCGACUCACACAAACGGAUAUCAUCUGUUCCCUCUCCUGGAUCUCCAAGGCUCCCCAGCACUCAGCAGCAUCACAGGAUCCUCCGGGUCCCUCCACUGCCUGGGGAGAGGGAAGCUGCUCUUAAUGCCUCUCCUGGUGGAAAGAGUGGUUCCUUCUCUGGGUCCCCCUCUGCUGACACCUUGGAGCCACCAUCCUCUGCGAGGGUCACGGAGACCAAAGGAGCCAAUUCCGCCUCCCUCAGAGCAGGCCAACCUCGGUUGGUGCCUAGGGAAACUUUGGAGAAGAGCUUGGGAUCAGGGAAGACCACAGCUUGGCCCCAGCACCGGUCACCUCCAGGCUUCUCCUCUGAGGGCUUUCCCUGGGACUGCUACAAUGAGCAAACGGCAACUAAAGACCUUCCCUGUAGAGAUGGAGGUGCCUGGGUCCUGGAUUACAGAUCAGGACCAGCCUGUCCAUUUUUGCUCCACGAGGAGAGAGAGAAGCCAAACAGAAGUGAAUUGUACUUGGAGCUCCACCCUGACCAGAGCCCCACUGAGCAGGACGAUAGGACUCCUGGCAGACUCCAAGCCAUCUGGCCACCCCCAAAGACAAAAGACACAGAAGAAAAAGUGGGAUUGAAGUACACCGAAGCAGAAUACCAAGCUGCUAUUUUACACUUGAAGAGAGAACACAAAGAAGAAAUUGAAAACCUGCAGGCCCAGUUUGAACUUAGAGCCUUCAAUAUCCGUGGCGAGCAUGCAGUAAUAACAGCGAAAUUAGAAGAAACCAUUGACAAUCUCAAACAUGAGUUAGAACACCGAUGGCGGGGAGGAUGUGAAGAGAUGAGAGAUGCAUGCAUCUCCACCGAUGAUGACUGCCCUCCAAAGACCUACAGAAAUGUGUGCAUCCAGACAGACAGAGAGACCUUCCUUAAACCAUGUGAAGGUGAAAGCAAGACAACCAGAAGUAACCAGAUCGUUCCCAAAAAGCUGAAUAUUUCCUCUUUAAGCCAGCUUUCUCCCUCAAAUGACAACACAGACAUCCAUGCAUCACUUCAGUCUGUGGAAGGCCUCUCAUCUAGUCAGCAGAAGGCAUCACCUCCUCCUCCUCCUCCUCUUCCACCUCCUGCACCUCCGCUACCAUCCUCCAUCCCUCCCCCUCCGCCCCUUCCACUUGGACCUGGACAUUUGCCACCAGUGCCUCUGACUCCACCUGUGAGUGCUGGACCUCCACCUCCGCCUCCACCCCCUCCACCUCUUCCCCUUCCUCCAGGUGCUGGGCCUCCCCCGCCUCCGCCUCCACCAGCACUUCCCACCCUCUCUCCUCUGCCUAACAGCGGAGGGCCGCCUCCUGCGCCAACACCCCCAGGGCUCAUGCCUCCACCUCCCCCUGGACCCUUCUUCGGAGUUGGCUCUUCUUCCAGCCAGUGUCCUCGAAAGCCAGCCAUCGAGCCCAGUUGUCCUAUGAAGCCCUUGUACUGGACUAGAAUACAAAUAAGUGAUAAAAGCCAAAACGCUGUACCAACCUUAUGGGAUUCCUUAGAAGAACCUGAUAUUCAGGAUACUAGUGAGUUUGAGUAUUUAUUCUCCAAAGACUCAACUCAGCAGAAGAAAAAACCCCUGUCGGAGACCUAUGAGAAAAAAAACAAGGUUAAAAAGAUCGUCAAGUUAUUAGAUGGAAAACGAUCUCAAAUUGUGGGAAUUUUGAUAUCUAGUUUGCAUUUAGAAAUGAAGGAUAUCCAGCAAGCCAUCUACAACGUAGAUGACUCUGUGGUCGACCUGGAGACGCUGGCGGCGUUAUAUGAAAACAGAUCCCAAGGGGAAGAAUUGGGUAAAAUAAGAAAGUAUUAUGAGACAUCCAAAGAAGAAGAAUUGAAGCUGCUGGAUAAACCUGAACAAUUUCUACAUGAGUUAGCCCAGAUACCCAAUUUUGCUGAACGUGCCCAGUGCAUAAUCUUCAGAUCUGUGUUUUCUGAGAGUAUCACCUCCUUGCACCGAAAGGUAGAGAUCAUCACACGUGCUUCUAAGGGUUUGCUGCACAUGAAGAGUGUGAAGGAUAUUUUAGCUCUCAUUCUGGCUUUUGGAAAUUAUAUGAAUGGAGGAAAUAGGACUCGAGGUCAAGCGGAUGGAUAUAGCUUAGAAAUUCUGCCCAAACUCAAGGAUGUCAAGAGUCGGGAUAAUGGGAUUAAUCUAGUGGACUAUGUCGUGAAGUAUUACCUGCGUUACUAUGAUCAGGAAGCUGGAACAGAAAAGAGUGUUUUUCCCCUGCCCGAACCACAGGAUUUCUUUCUGGCCUCCCAAGUCAAGUUUGAGGACCUCAUAAAAGAUUUGAGAAAACUGAAGAGGCAGCUAGAAGCGAGUGAGAAGCAGAUGAUGGUGGUGUGCAGGGAGUCUCCAAGGGAGUAUCUCCAGCCUUUCAAGGACAAACUGGAGGAGUUCUUCCAGAAAGCCAAAAAGGAGCAUAAAAUGGAAGAAAGUCACUUGGAAAAUGCACAGAAAAGUUUUGAAACAACGGUAGGAUAUUUUGGGAUGAAGCCAAAGCCUGGUGAGAAGGAGAUCGCACCUGACUAUGUGUUUAUGGUGUGGUACGAGUUCUGCAGUGACUUCAAGACGAUUUGGAAACGCGAGAGUAAGAACAUAUCUCAAGAAAGACUAAAAAUGGCUCAGGAAUCAGUCAGCAGGUUGACAUCGGAAAAGAAAGUGGAAACAAAGAAAAUCAACCCCGCAGCUAGUCUGAAAGAAAGAUUGCGUCAGAAGGAAGCCAGCGUAAGUACCAACUAGAAUGGAGACCCAUGAAAAUGGUGACAGUGGGGAUGGAUAUCUUGCAUGAAGCUUGGCAACACCAGUGCUACAGGAAGUUCUCCAAAGAUAUGUUACCACGUUUGUUUUGCUAUCUCAUUCUGAGGUCAUCUUCAGAGAGCACCCCAUGCCUUCUUAAGAAAUCCCUUAUUAAGCCCCCAGGAACAAUGAAAAGCUAUUUAAGAGAACCAUGAGGAGUAUUUGAUCACUGGUUUCUUGUAGAAGGUCCAACAUCUCUGCUGUAAGCUCAGAGGGCUACGAAGAUUUUCCAAAAUUUUAAAGAAGCUGAAAUUUCAAAACUUCUGACCCAAGCUUGAUAUAUGUAAACUUAUCACAGAAGAAGAAAAGGACCUUUUAUGACAGUUGUCUUGGAAGAGUUCAAGCUUUGGUCUUUACACACUGCAAUUUUGAUUAUUGCUUUUAAUUUUGACCCUGUUACAGCAAGACCCUGGGGCUUCUUUGCCGCCAAAAAAAUUGAAACUUACCAAAACUAUUCUAAGAGGUCCAAGCCUACAGAAAUAAUUUUUGUUGUUAUUCGUAUAAUGAAAAGGAGAGAAAAUGGAAGUGUAUGUGAGUAGAGAGGAGGAGAAAUAGCCAUAAACUUCAUCCUGGAGAACGAGUUACGAUAUAGGAAGUUAACAUUGGCUAUUAAGUGAGGCCUAUUCUUUCCUUCUUAGGUCAGUUCACUGUGGUUUCCUGAACAAGCAGCAAUUCUGCUCCCCAACUGCCAGGAGAAACAGUAAUACCUGAGCAUGGACAGCCGUGGGGUCAGAACACCUGUUACAUUUCAGAUUGUUUGUGAACGAGUAACACUACAUUGAUAUGCAGUGUUAGCUCUGCGUCAUAUUCUGUGGCUUUGCAUCUGGACAUCUCCCUCUGUUCCAGGAGGCAGUUUGCAGACAGGAGAGCAGAUGCUGUUCUCAGCCUUGUAUCAUGACCUUGUCUGACUGACACAGGGAGUAGUGUGAAGCAGAGAUCUUUGAUGUAAAAAUUAAAAAAGAAAAAAAUUAAAUGCAGGGAAAAAGUUCUUUAUAUCAAAAUGAAAAGAAGGUGAUUAGUAUUCAACUUUGAGUGGGAUAUCACAUAGGCAGCUUUUUCUGACCCUGGGACCCUGUGUGUUGACCUCCCCUUGUGUCACUAAGGGAAACCACCUUGGACCUCUCUCCUGACAUUCUUUUCCUUAAACUGCACCAGCCUUUGAAUCUGUUUUGUGUGUGUGUGUGGGGGGGGGGAGUGAAAGGGCUGGGAGUGAAUUGAGAAUGGGAUCAAAAGCUGUCAUUUCUAGGCCUUGAAGGGAGGGAAGUCCAAGCUUUCUCCUCUAACUGAUGGAAGGCAGUCUAGACAUGAGCAAGAAUCUUGAAUUCCUUCCUGAUACAAACUUCGCAUGUGGCCUGCCCCUUGUCCCAGCAUCCUUCCAAAGCCUUUUAAGUUGGUAGGUGUCUGAGUGUCUCCCCAGGAUAUACCUGCCAUCAGCCCCCCCAGGGAUCCUUACACUCGGUUCAGCUAAUCCAGGCAGCAGCAUAUCCCAAUGUAAUGCCGAUAUUGGGAAUUAAGAAUACACAGUCAGGAUCAAAUCAGGUCACAGAAGCCAUAUUCAGACAGGUGCUAACCACCUUCCCUAACAGUUCAAAAGAAAGAAUAUGCUAACAAGGUUAGGUUUUUCUUUCAUUCAAAAUAAAGAGGGGAGGCCAUCAAGACAGAAAAUCUGAAAUGGAGCUUACUAGAAGUUCCAUUCCAAGACUAAAAAGGCUUGAAGUUGCUUGCAAGAAGCUUUUCAUGCUGCUUUCUUAUGUUUUGUUGUUGUUGUUUUCGUUUUCCCUUAACUGUGAAGAAAGCCAAGGAAAUUUAUCAUUUUAAAACAAACUCCACUUACAGCCAUCCUGUGCUUCAUGAUGUUCCUUCUAGUAUUAUCCAUGCAAAAGAAAAGUGCCUGUUCUGCCCUUGACAUGGAAAUCAACUCUGAGUUCAGUGAGACCAGCCUAAGUCUAGACCAUUGUGGAUCCUGGCAGACUUGAUGGGAGGGAGCAGAGGAGGUUUUCAAUGGAAUCACUAUUGUCCUCUUUGGGUGUCUAAGUAGGAUGCCCACAGAGAAAACCAUUGAAGAUAAGCAGGCCUGUCACUUUGACCUUUUAAAUCUCCAAGGACAUACUCUCAGGGAACCAAUGCUGAAGAAUAAUGAGUGGAAAUGUUUAAUCUGAGAGCUGGACAAAUGCAACCCAAGUUGGAUUUCAUCUUGGUUGACAGACUAGAAAAAGGCAGUAGAAUACCUAUUUCUAAAGAGUGAGGUUUGCCGGCCUCCGUGGGAGAAAUCAGUGGUUCCAUAACACCUGUCAAAUGUAGCAAAGUGUAUUGGAACUUUAAGACACCAUGACAGAGUCCCCGUGAUUCUCACCCAGCUUGAACUGUGCGUUAGAUUUCUGGGACACCCCUCCCAGCACAUUAUUGACACAGCCUCUGUUUCAAACGUAAAUUGAUGUCAGAAGAGUUUGUUCAAGGUGGGCCAUCCAAAACAAUCUGGAGGCCUCAAAAAUGAUCCCUCUAAAAUGCAAUUGAGAGAGUGUUAGAUGAAAUGGGUGUGUGUAAGUUUUUCAUAGGUGAGAAGAGAAGAUACAUACCCUUAGAAGCUUGAGAACCUCAGGCAAGCAGGGAAUAAGUGUCUGGUUUUGGGCACAGCACUUCUGAACUAGAAAGGACAGUGGCUAGGAUUGCUGGCCUCUGUUUAAGCAGACACACCUGAUUUAUUAAAACUCCGCUAACCCUUAACUUACCAGCACCUUGAUCUCUUUCUAGCCAUUGUAUUCAAGUGCAGAAUUUGAUAACAGCUCAGAUUCUUGCAGAAACAAAUGGCAAUAAUAAAUACAUGAAUAUAUUACACAUUAGCACUAAAGAAUUGAGAUAUUCAAACAUGUUAGGUAUGACGCAUCAGUCCUACGAGAUGUCUCAAGUUAGGUUAGAAGGAGGUGUGCUGUAUGCCUUUUAGCCCAAGAAGAAGCAGUUUACAAAAGGAAAAAAAAAAAAAAUGGGAAAGUUUGGCCAAGCAUGAAUUGACAUA